AUGGCCGAUGACUACGAUGCCGAGCCGGACUUUGACGAGCAUUCGGCCGCUUCGCCCACACCGCCGUCAUCGUCGUCGCAUCGCAAGAGGACGCAUCGCGGUCGCCUUGGCAGCCGGGGCGUCCAGCGGGAUCUGGCCGACCAGCAUUCCCAUCUCUCCAAUCGGCUUGAGGAGCGAGAGUCUUUGCGCAAGGCCGCCCACACCGCCAUCGAGCGCACCCGUCGCGAAAAGAUCCGGCAAAAGGUGCUCGAGCUCCGGCACUUGGUACCCUCGUGUGCCUCGCAAGAAAACAUCCAGAAGGUGACCAUUCUCGAGAAGACGGUCGACUACAUCCACGAACUACACGCCAGGCUCGCUACCCUCGAGAAAUCGAGCCUCGCUCCAUUGGAUUCCUCAUCGGGCCAUUCCUCGAAUCCAGCCAUGCCCGCCGCUGGCGGCGAUACCCCUUCCAGGAGCCUCUACAACUCGCACUACCAGUUUGCCGAUCCGUCUGUCUCCCACCAACGCCCGGCGUACUUGAAUCGCUCGAAUCCUGACAGCUGGCCGGUCCGCUCCACUCCGUAUUCUCUUGUGUGCCUUGCUGGCUGA